AUGGAACCCGUUUGCCUCAGCUCUGGGCAACUGAUUUCAGCCAGUGGUGCUUUCCUCGCAGCGCCGGGAACCAACGACGAUUUCAAAGCUGAAUCCUCUACAGGUACGCUCGCAGAGGACUUGCCUUUCGUUUGUGCAAUAAUUGGGGCGCAGGGGAGCGGCAAGUCGACGCUUUUGAACGAUCUGUUUCACACAGACUUCCCAGUCCUGGACGCCUCGAGGACCGGGCCCCGGCGCACUACUGAAGGGAUCUUUUAUGCUUUGUUGCACCUCCAGGAACGCGGCAAUUCGCUUCUGAUUUUUGAUGUGGAAGGAUUAGACAGCAAAGAACGCGGAUCUACUGGUCGACACUUCGAAUACAACGUGGCAUUCUUUGUUGCCUACACUGCAGAUAUUGUGAUUCUGAACGUGUUCAGUCAUGAUAUUGGGAGGCAAAAUGCCGCCACUUUUCAUGCGCUAGUCACUGUUUUGAGGGAAAAAUUCAAACUGGUCGAAUCCAGUCAUAAAAAAGACCGCACGCUUCUACUUGUCGCGAUUCGAGACUUCGAUGAGGUCGACGCACCCAUAGAUGAUCUGAAACAAGCGCUCGAAGAUGAUUUUCACGCUCUUUGGCCCAGUGUUGUACAAGGCAGUGACAUUAAGAUGGAAGAACUUUAUGAUAUUCAGUUCUACGGUCUCCCGAGCAAAUUGUUUGAAAUCGCUAGAUUUGAGGAGAAAGUAGAUCACAUGCGAAAGAGCAUAAUGGAUCGAUGGCUUCGCACGUCGGGUGGCCUAUCCUCGUCAUCAUCUUUCCUCAUGCUUUUCAAAGAGCUGUGGACGGAGAUCUCUAAUCGGACUUCUAGUCCUGAGCCAUUGUGCAUAUCCGCAACGGCUUCACUGGUUGAGCUCCUGAUUGACCUGCAUUGCACGAGAAUCAUUCAGUACGUAAUGGGAGGAGCGCGCGAGAAAGUACAUCGGGCGCUCUCAUCUAUUCUCGAAAAUUUUAGCGAUGAAAUAUCUGUCGCUUCUCUCGCGCUUGAAAUUCAUGAUGAGAGCAUUCUCAAGUACCGCUGGAUGGCUAGACACUAUGUCCAUUCUCCCACCUUUAGCCGGAAAGAAACGGAGCUGCAUGGAUUGCUGUGGUCACAGCCAGAUGGGGAUCUUGCAAAUCUCGUUCGGCAGUACUGGUUUGUCGUCACUGAAAAUCGAUGCAGGGACUUUGAAGCAGAUUUCGCCUCCAUUCUUGGAGGCACAGCCGACUUUGAGCAGCAAACGCAGCAGCUACGCGGAAAAUGGGCCUCUUCGUUGGCAGAUUUCUUGCGUGAGGAGUCGCAAAAGCUUAAUUCCCUGAUGCCAGAGGUGCAGACGCUCCAGCAUACUUGCAUGGAGCGCUUCGAGAAUCAUGUCGGAAGCUGCAUAGACGAGAGACGACGCCAGGGAGCUGUGAUGUUGCCUACCCUGGAUGGAAAUUGGAGGCAAUAUGGAAAACCUGCUUCCAAAAAGGGAAUCUUGCAAAAAAUGCGACCCGUCCUGCUGCGCAUUCUGGUCAUUUACUUGAAUUACCUGCAGGCGAAGCAACGCAUGAAGAGCAUCCAAUCCCGCAAACGCCGGUGCGACUUGAAUAUGCCUUUGGGCCCAACGUUCUAG